UAUCGAUAUGUCAUAUAUCUAUACUAUAUGUUGUUAGUGUUAUUAUUUAUAUAGGUGUUACAACUAUAUUUUUCAAAAUAUAAACGAGAAAAAUAGUAAUUAUUAUUAAUUAAUUAAUGAUUCUAAAUAGUCUGGUCUGCGUUCUAUUCUAUACGUACCAACAGUAAACGAUCACUAUACUUUAAGGUCCGUAUCUGGAUUUCUGUAUACUUUGACCCCAACUCAAUGAAGAGAUCAGUUACCAGUGCGAUUCAUUAUCAUUAAAAAUAAAAACGAACUUUGAUAAUAAAUACCUAAUGAUAGAAAGGUUAAUUAUAAAGUAUUGCGUUUUACAUUAAUAAUUUUGUUAUUAAUCAAUUACUAUUUAAAACAUAGGUAUAUACUUAAAUGUUUAAAGUUAAAUUACUUACACAACAAUGGAUAUAUUAGUGAAAGUCAACAACGAGUCUAAUGGAAGAGAUAAGUUAGCACGCUUGGUGCAGUAUACAAGUAAACUAGUAUGGCAUCAAUUGGAAACAAGGAAUGCCAAUAAAUAUUCUAUAGAUAGAAUUAAAAACUUAGAAUCCAAUCUUGGAAGUUUCCGGAAAAUUUUAAGACUUGGGAGGUGCUUAGAUGUCUGUUAUGCUGCCUUAAAUGUUUUACACACUGAAGAUCCAUUCUUGAGAUUUACACUAACUUCAAGCAAAAUUGCACAAGCACUAUUUCUGUAUGCAGAUCAUAUAGUGUGGUUAUCAAGAAGUGGAUUUCUCAAAACAGACUCAGACAAUUGGAAUAAAACAGCCAACAGAUUCUGGCUCUUAUCCAUAGUGGCUAACCUUGCCAGAGAUUUGUAUGAAAUACUCCAUAUCUUGGAUUUGAAUACAACUGUGUUUUUAAAGCCAUCUGAAUUUAAUGAAACAAUAAAAAAAUUCAGUUUAAGUGAUAGCGCAAAACAUGUCUAUACAAUUUUGAAUUGUCAUAAAGAUGUGUUUAUUGAUACUUUGAAGAAUUCUUGUGACUUGUUUAUACCUCUGACUGCUUUAGGUUUUACAAAAUUGAGCCCUAGUGCAGUGGGUGCUUUAGGUGCUGUAUCGUCUGCUGCAGCUCUAUUGACUAUUGUUAAACCAAUCACAAAAUUGGUACCUGCAUGAUUGUCUUCCAAAUCUUAUAAUUUCUUGUAUUCACUAUUACAUGGUGAAGGAUUAAUAAAAUUAUCUUUGAUGUACAAGUUCUUUAAUUAUGUACUAAGGCAUAUUUGUAUAUUAUUUUUAAUUUACUGGCUUUAAUUUAUACAGAAUAAUAAAUUAUUUUGCAAAUUUAUGUAUAUAUUGAUUCCAGUCUUAUAACAAGGGAGUUUAUAGGGGUUGUUUGUUAUUUUUUUUAUAUGAAUGUUUUGUAUUUAAAUAUAUUUUAUUAUAUUAAG